AUGCCCCUCCUUGUUCUCUCUGAAGCUAACCCACGGCCACAGAAUGCUCCGUUCAGGUUCCAUAGAUUCUGGUCAGAGCAUAAGGAUUUCCUCCACAUAGUCAAAUCUGCGUGGAAUGGUGAUAAGGGCUGUCCUAUAAGGAAUCUCUCUAAUAAGCUUAAGAACCUAAAGCCUUCUCUAAAGGCUUGGGCGAAGUUAGCUUUUCCUAAUUUUGAUGAGGAAUUAAAAGUGGCAAGGAAUGAGCUAGAAGCAGUUCAGAAUGAGAUUGAUACCCAAGGCAUGGAUGAUGUUUUGUUUGCCAAGGAAGCAGAUGCCAAAACCAGACUUCUAAAAGUCGAAGAGAGCUACGACAAGCUGUGGGCAGAAAAAGCAAGUCUGAAAUGGAUGAAAAGUGGUGAUCGUAACUUCAAGUUCUUCCAUCUAUCGGCCAAGGACCUCUUUCAACGCAUUCCCGAAGAAUUAAAUGACUCUGAUUGGGCUAUGCUUGAAUCCAUUCCUUCAAUAGAGGAUAUUAAGAGGGCUGUCUGGGACAGCGCCCCUGGACCUGACGGUUUCCCUGGAAGAAUUCCUAAUGGUGUUAAUAACAACUUCUUGACCCUGAUUCCCAAAGUAGAGGGAGCUCAAUUGCUGGACAAAUUCCACCCUAUUUGCAUGGCUAAUUUUUAUUACAAAGUCCUUUCGAAGAUCAUGGCUAGUCGUCUCUCUAACCUCCUACCCAAGCUGAUUUCAGAAGAGCAAGGUGCUUUCCAAAAGGGUAAAAUUAUAUCUUCAAAUGUGGGAUUGGCGUAUGAGUUGGUGAAUUUGAUAUAUUCUUCGGUGCGUAGAGGGGGUAUGGGAAUUAAGCUUGAUGUAUAG